GCCCAUAAUCUCCUUGCCAUACCGGUCCACGAUCUUCUCCAGCAGUAACAACUCCGCUCCGCACCGUUGUCGUCUCCUCACCCCUGCCGGAGAUCCACGCCAGACCGCCGCGCCCCUCCGCCCGGCUCGGCCGCUGCUUCCGCGAUGCAGUUCUUCGGCGGGUCGUCGCUGACGUCCGUCGCGCCGGAGUCCAGCCCGGCACCAGCGGCGCCUCCGGGGACGGGAACGGGCUCCAACGCCCAGGUGAUCUACGUCUUCAACCGCAACGGCGUGUGCCUGCUGUACCGCGAGUGGCACCGCCCGCUCCGCACGCUCGCCCGCAACCAGGACCAGAAGCUCAUGUUCGGCCUCCUCUUCUCCCUCCGCUCCUUCACCGCCAAGAUCGACCCCACCUCAACAGAACACGCGAAUCUUGGGGCGCCACUACUGCCAGGUCAGGGAUGUUCAUUUCAUAGCUUCAAGACAAACACAUAUAAAUUGAACUACAUGGAGAGCCCGUCUGGUAUAAAGCUUAUUCUCCUUACCCAUCCAAGGACUGGUGAUCAACGAGAUGCGCUGAAGCAUAUUUACAGCCUAUAUGUGGAGUAUGUUGUAAAGAAUCCUCUGUAUGCUCCUGGCAGCCCAAUCAAGUGUGACCUUUUCAAUAAACAUCUCGAUCAGUAUGUGAAAACAUUGAUUUGACCCCAUUCAGGUUUGGGAGGAGGUGCAUGGAACAGUUGAUUUGAAGGCGAACAGUAGGCACUUUGUGUUUUCGGAAACUCUGAGCCAUGGAACAGUUCGCUGUGUGGUGGCAUCUCUGUGCUAUUUGGUUUGAUAAUCGCUAUUUGUUGAGAAGUUGUUGCUUCAAGGAUGAUACAGACUUGUCUUGUGCCAAAGUGGUCCUGCUGAAUCUCACUGUAUUUAUUGUACACUUGCACCCUGCAUUGAUGGUCUUCAUGUGUACCCACUGCAAUUUGAUAGCUGUACACUCUGAUCACAGUCCCUGUAAUUUGCAUCCUUCGUCAUGAUGGACCCCCUCAACAAAUGGAAUGCCCUCUCAUAUCCCGUGUUGGAUGAUAUCCAUGAGUUUUCUGGUUAUAGAUCAAAUAUUUUCUUAUUUA